AUGCAGGCGCUGCUGGGGCCGGACCAGGGCGCGGAGGUCCAGCGCCAGGCCCUCGUCGCGCUGCGCCGCCUCGCGCGCGCCCGCGGCCCCGCGGCCCUCGCGCCGCACCUGCCCGCGCUGCUGCCCUGCGCCGCGUCGCUGCUGCAGCGGGACCCGCCGGCGCCGCUGCGCGCGGCGGCGGAGGCGGCGCUGAAGCACGCGCUGGGGCUCGCGGCGGGGGGAGAGGGGGCGCUCGACGGCGCCAUCGCGGCGGCGGCCGGCGUCGGCGGCUCGGCGCGUGCGUACCUCACGGAUUCGUACCUGCGGCGGCUGGCGCGGCUGCAGGAGGACGACUGGGAGGACCCCGAGGAUUACUGA